AUGCGGUGGUAUCUCCUCCUGAUCUGGGCCCAGGGCCUGGGGCAGGCUCCCCUCCCAGCCUCAGGCGCUGUGUCAGGCAGGAUAGUAACAAUGGGGAAUGUUUCUGCAGAGGAAGGUGGCUCUGUCACCUUGCAAUGUCAUCUCUCCUCCACCACUGCCAAAGUGACUCAGGUCAACUGGGAGCAGCAGGACCAACUUCUGGCCGUUCAUCAUGCUAACUUGGGGUGGCACAUCUACCCAGCCUUCAGGGAGCGCGUGGCCCCAGGCCCCAACCUGGGCCUCACCUUGCAGUCGCUGACCAGGAAUGACACAGGGGAAUACUUCUGCACCUAUCACACCUACCCUGAUGGGAUUUACAGAGGGACACUCUUUCUGGAGGUCCUACACAGCUCAGUGGUUGAGCACAGCGCUGCGUUCCAGAUCCCACUGCUGGGAGCCGUGGCCACAGUGCUGGCAGUCAUCUGUGUGGCAGCCAUCAUGGUGGUCACCCUGACCAGAAAGAAGAAAUCUUGCAGAGUCCAUUGUGCGGAAAGUGGCCUCAGGAUGCUGGCACGCGAACAGGAGGAAUGGAACGCCCGAGCUCUGUCAUCAGCUGGAAGUGGCGGGCAGGCAGAGACGGCGCCUGUGGGCUUCUACACAGAGCAGUGGGGAGAGGACUAUGCCGAGCCACAUGACUACUUCAAUGUCCUGAGCUACAGGAGCCUUGGAAGCUUCAGCUUCCCGGCCGAGAUGGGUUAG